CAUUGUUUUCAUUUCCGUCCAAGAAUGUAAGAGGGUUUGUUUACUCUCGAGUUUUCAGUGAUUUUCGCGUGAAAAACAAUGGAAAGUUUUGCUAGUGCACCCCCAGGAUUGCAGAGACUCUUUGAGGAGUGUCAGCGUGUGUAUCCAGAUCAGAAAAAUCCCCUCCAAGUCAGUACAAUUCUAAAGUUUUGGCUUGGUGGAAAUGACGUCCUUGACUACAUCACCAUGUACGACAAUCGGGGAGAUCCUACAAGAAAUAUUCCACCGCACUGGCACUACGUCUCAUUUGGGCUAUCAGAUCUGCAUGGAGAUGGGAGAGUCCACAUUCCCGAGCCAUCUGUGGAUUUGGAAUUUCGUUCAGGAAUGGGCUUUGAAUUGACUUUUCGCCUCCUGAAAGGGAAUGAACAACGUCCCCCAACGUGGCCUGCCAAUCUCUUGCAAGACCUAGCCCGAUAUGUCUUCAACACAGGGAAUCGAUUUUGUGUUGGUGACAAUAUUCCUUGGCUCAAGAAAUCCUUAGAUAACAGCAACUCUAAAAUUCUCCAUAUGCUAAUUGCUGAAGAUGCCCAGCUUAGACGUACAGAAACACCCUUUGGAUGGGUGGAUUUCUGUCAAAUUGUAGGAGUAACUAGUGAGGAACUUGAUCAAGCAUCCCGUUGGAAUGGAAAAGGAGUACUCAAUCUUCUCAAGAAUAAUCCAACAACUGGCGGUGAAUUCCUUAUAACCGACAUGAAGAGAAGUAAAAGUGUCUUUGAAUUGUUCCCUGAAAGUCUCCGUGAACUCGAAGAUGAUCUGGAAAGAGAAGGAUCUGAUUUAGUUGGGGUCAAUGCUGAAUUUACUUUUCGCGAAUUUUCCGGGAUUUCAAUCAAGGAAGAAGUAAAGACCGAUGACUAUUGCGAAGAUCCACCAAUGGAUGCCAGCAGAGAAUUUGUUUCGAUGAAGGCUGAGGAGUUUUCACCAUUUUCAUCUUCAAUGAGCACCAGCAAUUCCUUGAGUAUGAGUGGACCAAUUGACACAAAACCCGUAACAGGACAUACAGUUCCUCUGGGAGGAAUUGAAUUCACCCUGGCUCCCUAUGCAGCAAAAUUCCUCGUACUCGCCAUAAAAGAUCGAAUUAGACACGGUCGCCACUUCACAUUCAAGAGUCAGAAUCUUGCUGUAACAUUUGUGGCAGAAUCCGUGACGGGAGCCAUGGUUAAUCGUCGGAAUCCCUAUGCUCUCAUUGGCUACUGGAUGCAGAUUCUCAUCCCCGAUGACCUUGUACCACGCAUGCUGACAUCCUUUGAGGGAAUCAUGAAGAAUUCAGAAAAUCUCAAUCUCCCCAUUGAAUUUGAAUUCCUCGAUAAGGGUCUGAAAAUCAUCAUUGACAAUCCACGUAUGACUGAAUCGAAAAACUUCCUGCCAUAAUUCCACCGAUUUUUCAUCCCAGAAGUGCCUUUUUUAUACUAUUGACUAAAAAAAAUGUAUUCUCUUGUUUUAUCACAUUUUUUUUAUAAAUAUUCUACGUAAAUUCUUUUGCAAGAAUUUAAUAUAGACUUAUUUUUUUAUACCGAAA